UGCAGUGCCACUGCAGGUUUGUGCUGUUGCCUCCUAGCUUAGAAUGGUGCCUACCGAGAAGAAGGUUGGUGGCAGUGCCAUCCUUUUCUGCAGCUGUCCUGACUAUACAACUUGCCCUACCUGAGCAAGACUUGGGAGCUGGUGAACCUUGCGCAGGCAGUCGGGGUAUGGCCUGGUCUGGGGAUGAAUGGGAUGGAGCCACAGCAAAAUGGAUCUAGCAAUCAGAGUGAGCAGGGACCCACCAUCUUUCCACACUCACCUCUGGCCACAACUCUCAUCCUUGUGGCAGGACUGACUGUGGCUCUUGUGACGUUUACAGGGAAUGUGCUGGUUGUGUUAGCUGUGUACACUAGCCGUGCCCUUCGGGCCCCACAGAAUCUCUUCCUGGUGUCUAUGGCUACAGCCGAUAUCCUGGUAGCCACCCUCAUUAUCCCAUUUUCCUUGGCCAAUGAGAUCAUGGGCUAUUGGUGUUUUGGGGGUCUUUGGUGCAGUUUCUACUUGUCGCUGGAUGUCCUGUUCUGUACCGCCUCCAUAAUGCAUCUGUGUGCUAUCAGCUUAGAUCGCUACUGGGCAGUCACCCGAGCUGCCCGCUAUAAUCUGAAAAGGAGCCCCCAGAGGGUCAAAUGUAUGAUUGGGGUUGUCUGGGCCAUUGCUGCCAUUGUAUCCCUGCCACCACUGUUUAAGUCCAGACAGCAGGACCAGGUCUGCCUCCUGCAUGACGACACCUGGUAUGUGCUGGCCUCUUGCACUGCCUCCUUCUAUGCCCCUUGUCUCAUCAUGGUUGCAGUCUAUUGCCGGAUUUAUCAUGUGGCCAAACACAGGAACUCCAUGGUCAUUGCAGCACGGCGGGUGUCCUACCCCAACUUCAUCCCUGUGGCCAAGUACAAUCCCUGCAGACAGAGCACCCAGCCUCCUGGGGAAACGCAGAAGGUGGGAAUGGAGUCUGGCCACCUUCCUCAUCCCCAGCCUAGCUUGCCACGGCUCUCUCGGCAGUGGAGAGUAGAUGACGGUGGCAACAGCAGUGCUCGGCCACCAAGGACCCCAAGGCUUUCUUGGUCACUUCCCUCCAGUCCCCAUCAGCGCAGAAGCAGGGACAUGUCCCUCUCCACAAAUCGGCUGAUGCAGGCCCGGGAGCGCAGAUUCACCUUUGUCCUUUCUUUUAUCAUUGGAGCUUUUGUCCUCUGUUGGUUCCCAUUCUUCUUUACCUACAGCCUGGAAUCUGUGCUUGGAGAAGGCUGCUGCAUCUCCGAGCCUCUCUUCAAAUUCUUCUUCUGGAUUGGGUACUGCAACAGCAGCUUCAACCCCAUCAUCUAUACGGUCUUUAACCGGGACUUCCGCAGAGCUUUCCAGCAACUCCUGUCCCCUGCCCACUCCUUCCUAUGCCAAAAAUGAGGACUCUGCUAGAGGGUUGUUGGAACCCAAGAGAGGCACGAUGGACAGGGCACGAUGGCUACAGAACAUCCCUCAGGAGUCCCAGAGAAGGUAACUAGUGGAGGCUGGGGAGCUGAGUAUUUCCGCAGCUGCCUUUUAAUGAAGACUUCCCCACCCCAGACUUGCAUGUAGCUUGAAGGGCAGAAGUGCCACAAGAAGCAAGAUUUCUGUGACUUACUGGCACGCGGUUGGUUUGCGAGAGUCAGUUUCACACUCCUGCCUGUUUCUCUAGCUUGCUUGGUUGCCUGAUCUGUUGUUCAGGUAAUCAGGUAAUUAAGCUAAUUAACUGAGGUAGUGGGAGCAGAGGGGGGCUGAGGUAAAAUUAUUGAUGUACAGUAAUGACUACUAUAGCAGCUUUGACUCCCGAUGCAGACGUGCACCAAAUUUUGGUCAUUGUUAUAAUAAACCAGCUAAUGUAUGUUCUUGGUUAUGCUAACCCUAAUCCUUGGUUUAAGGGUGCCAUUUAUAUUGAACCACCACAGUGGUUGGGCUCCAUCCUUAAUCCUAAAAUGGAAAGUCUGCUCCAAAACCAGUUCUAACUCAGAGAAGCUUUGGAAGGAACGUUCAUUUAUCCCAGCUGCUCUGUGGGAAGGGGAAACAGAAACAGAUUCUAUUAAAGGGGAUUCAGCAGGCUGACUAUUUUGGUCCUGGAACUAAAAAUGUACAGCUGCGUAUUUUUCUGUCUCACGUAUAUUGUCCCUUGUCCAAACGAGGGUGGGGGCAUUUGGAGGAAUUGGGGGCCUAUUAAAAAUCACAAGAAGAUCCAUCUAGUGGUCUGGGACUCCAUCAGAAACACUGGCCAGCUAGGGGGCCUUGAAGGAAAAACUCACAAGCAGAAUGCGAUAUAAUCACAAUGAUAUCCUCAUGUUUUCUCUCAUUGCAUAAUUGUAGCAAGAAGCAUUCUGCUUCUGAACAUUAUUUCCUUGUUACUUUGGGUCUGAGCAGCUUGAAGUUUGGCUGAUGUCCUCCACAGAAAGAACGAACAGGAAAGGAGCAAAAUCAUGGACGUCCUAAAAUAACUUUUCCCAAUCCCCAGAGCCCUCUGUAUCACAGCUCCCAUAUGCUCAGCCAUUGGUCUCACUGAUUGGGGAUUUUGAAGGCUGGUGGGGUAUCAGGAUGGGAGGAAGUUUUCCAAGGACAGUAGAUGACUUGACCAAGGAACCGACUUAUCCUAGGGAUGCCCUGGGAUUGCAGAAAGAUGGAUAGACCAAGAGGGAGAGGGAGAAUAUUUCCUGCAGAAUCAGUGGAUGAUGGUACAUUACUUGGUGGUGUGAAGCUGCCGGUUUCAGAGUCCUCUGGCUAGCCUGCCUGCGAGCUCAGAGGAAGCUGAGCUAAACAAGCGACAUACUGCAAAGCUUACUCAACCAUCUGGCUUGAGGAAACAUUACCCUGAUCCUGUUUCUGGGCAGAUGCCAGGCAUAAAUCUUGGCAAAGAGGUUCCUGUCAAUCAUAGUAAAGGUGUCUUCCAUAUUGCCUCCAGCAAUUAAAUUUUUCCUGUUGUUCCAGUUUGUUGAGAUUAGUUUCUCAAGCUGAGGCUGGUGCCAUAGCCAAGCACCUACCAUCUCUUAGGCACUUCUCCCCAACAAUCAACUCUUUUUUAAAUCUCUCAUAUGCUUAGCAGGGUAACUCAUGCCAUUGCCCUGAAUUUAUAACUGAGGCACAAGUUCAGGUUCUGGGCUCCUGCCUCAUAUUCCAGCCUUAAUUUUAACAGGCAUUCAACAUAGUAUUUUCUUCCUGGUACUGUAAGGAAGUGGGAUGGACAGCGAAGCAAGGCAAGUUCUGUUUGCCAGGAACUUAAUUAAUGUCUUAGAGACUGUUUAAGGACAGAAAAAGAGGCAACAGUUGUAACCCAAGGCCAAUUCACAGAGCAUACUUUGCAGUCACAGGACUGCUUCUUUAAUGCACUUCCCUGUAUAUAAAAUGACUUUCCUACUCAUCUGUCACCUGUGACUGGAUAAUAGUCUGUGGACAUGGCUUUAAGCCCCCAAUAAGUCUACUGCCUUGUUCUAUUGUGAUAAAUAGUUAUCAAUGAGGGUGAUUUCAUGUGAAGUCUCUCUUCCUGUAAGCAUUACUGAUUAUGUUGCUAAGGAGACCAAUCCAAUAAUAAAACUACAAACAAGGCAAGCAUUUCUACCAGCUAAUAGAGCGACAUCUGGCAGCUCAUUCUUCCCAGAAAACAGAGCAAACUAAGGAUGGCGUAAAUUAGGCAGGUAUCCACGGAGAUAGGCCCGUUUAAUUCCAUAUUACUCAUUCCAGUUCCAGACACCUAGAAGGGCAGCUGGUGUCUAACUAUUAUCUCUCAGAGAGUUUGGGUAAGUUAUAUUCUCAUAUACAGAUUGACCACUGAGAUAAACUGAAAGGAAAAAGAACCUGAAAGAAAGAAUGCUUGUUUCUUCUAACAUCUCAAUGAACCCCGACACUAAGAGUUACCUUUUCAUUAUAAAGCAUGUUACCUGCCAUGCUUCAAAUGAACUCCAGCAUCCAACCUGGAAGUCUACACUGCUUAUUCUUUCUACCCAGAAGUGCAUUAAAAUGUCUCUAGCUCUCACAUUUCACUUUCAUCUUCCUGGGAUGUCUCCUCUGUACCUUUUCCACUAAUUCUGCAGGAUUAACAUUUUGCACUCUUCCAUGAUGUUUUGUUUAGUCCUAAUAAAGGUUUGGUCUAA